AUGUUGGGCACCAUCUUCCGUAGGACUACCCGCUUGCCCUUCCGCCUGCCCUUGCGCCAGCAUUUUUCCACGUCUCGAGCAUGUCACGAGAUCAGAGAUAUCGGAUCGUUGUCCCAGCGCCUGAUACCCAAAUACCAAGAAUCCUGUGAUGAAGGAGAGCUUUUGUGUCUUCAGUGGCCAGCUCCGCCGCGGAACAUCUUCCUGGUGCGCAAAGACUGCGCUCCAGCGGUUACUGAUUCUUUGAUCGAACUUGUGAAUCAUAUUUCCUCUACAUACCCAUCUAUCGCAGUGAUCCUUGAGUCAAAGACGGCGGCGGAAGUACAUUCGAAACUAUCGUUUCCUGUCUACUCGGUCGCUCUUGAUGAGAAGACCACCGCGCUUCACGAUAAGGUUGACCUCACGGUAACGCUGGGCGGUGAUGGCACGAUACUCCAUGCAGCCUCCCUUUUCGCGACAUGCGCCAACGUCCCACCUGUUCUAUCAUUCAGCAUGGGUACUUUAGGAUUCUUGAGUGAGUGGAAAUUCUCAGAAUACAAGCGGGCUUUCCGAGAAGUCUUUAUGUCUGGAGCCGGAGCAGGGGAUCGCACACCUGUUUUGGAAGAUCCUACGGGGGCGGCAGCGGCACUCACAGAACAUGAACUCGAAAUGGGCCCGACCGGGUGGUCAUCCGUCCGGGGCAAAUCUAUGGGUUCUACACGUGGGGCGCGCAUUCUGAUGCGCAACCGUUUGAAGGUCGGUCUUUUCGCUGCCGACGGAACUGAAACAACGCCUAUCCGAACCAAGACAGACCAGGGUCAAGGGGUCUACGUGAUGAAUGAACUUCUCAUUCACCGUGGCAAGGAACCACACUUGGCCGUGGUGGACGUGUUUGUGGGUGGCCGGUACCUGACCGAGGCUGUGGCGGACGGUAUCAUAAUUUCAACCCCAACUGGGAGUACAGCCUACAGUUUAAGCAGUGGGGGUAGUAUUGUGCAUCCCCUUGUCCCAUCUAUCCUUUUGACGCCCAUCUGCGCGCGUAGUCUCAGCUUCCGACCCUUGGUUUUGCCUUCCAGCACUCCAAUCACACUGCGACUAAAUGAGAAGAACCGAGGGCGUGAACUGGAAGUCAGUCUGGAUGGGGUCAAUUUGGGUCAAGGGAUGGGAGUUGGCAUGGAAGUACGAGUCUGGAAUGAGGAGAUGCGGCAUGGGAAGAAUGAAUGGCAAGGUGGAGUACCCAGUGUCAUGCGGCGGAGUGUGGGUUAUGAAGCACACGAAGGUUGGGUUGGUGGAUUGAAUGGAUUGUUGAAGUUCAAUCAUCCAUUUGGAGAACCCGUGUCGAGGGGCUUUAAGGUCUCGGCGCAUUCGUGUACCUUUUCCCCUGCGCAACCCGUGAAUCCCUGA